UGUUAUCCUAUAGGCCACUGUGGCUUUAAAGGGGUGUUGGUUCACUGAGAGGUAGCAGAUAGGUUUAAUUUAGUCGCCGAGAGGACACAUCUCGGCUCCUCGCAUCCUCCCGACUCACUGUUGUCGUGUCACGUCCGUGGCUUUCUGGACAUCCACCCUGAAGGAGCGAGCGAGCGUCGACAGCCGCCGCCACUUCCUGCCCCCGGAGCGAUGGGAGGUGCGGCCGCCGCCGUUAUCAUGUUCCUGUCGCGAGCCUAUCAUCAUCAUCAUCAUCAUCAUCACCGUUAUUAAUUCCCGACACGGCAUCUUUCUGAUCGGCAUAUUCAUCAUGUUUUCUCCCGUGACAGAGGCCGAGACGCGACAGAAACUGCUGCGCAAUGUGAAGAAAGAGGUGAAACAAAUUAUGGAGGAGGCAGUAACAAGGAAAUUUGUGCACGCUGACAGCAGCCACAUCAUAUCCUUCUGUGCUGUAGUCGAGGCCUGUGUGCUUCAUGGACUGAAGCGGCGUAUUGCAGGCCUGCUGUGCAGUAACAAGGUUGCAGCACUCUUUCUGAAGUUGGCAAAAAGCUUUUCACCUGCUGAAGAACUCUGUCACAAGGUCCAUGAGGUGGAACAGCUUAUUGAAAACAGCAAACAGAACAAUUUGUCGCUGACUAACGACCGCAGUCGGCAAUCUAAGUUGUCCAACCUCCCUCCUCAGGCACUGAAACACCUGUGGAUCCGGACUGCACUGAUGGAGAAGCUCUUGGACAAGAUUGUCCUGUACUUGGUAGAGAACAGCAGUGCCUUCUAUGAGAAAGAAGCCAUGCUGAUGGAUCUGGUGGAUGGACCAAUUCUUGCAUCUCUAUUGGUUGGCCCUUGUGCAUUGGAGUACACCAAAGUUAAGACUGCAGACCACUUCUGGACAGACCCAUCCGCCGACGAGCUCGUACAGCGGCAUCGCAUCCAUAGCGGCCACUGUCGACAGGAUUCUCCGUCCAGACGACCUGCCCUGAUCCAGAAGAGACAGUCCAGCGGUAGCAUGGAUGAUCGCCCUCUCAUGUGGGCGAGGGACUACGUUGAAUCGCUCCACCAAAACUCCAGAGCCACACUUCUGUUUGGAAAGAACAAUGUCCUUGUGCAGCCGAGAGACGACAUGGAGGCCAUCCCAGGCUAUCUUUCUCUCCAUCAAACUGCAGAUCUCAUGACACUGAAAUGGACGCCUAAUCAGCUGAUGAAUGGAAAUGUGGGGGAGCUAGAUUCUGAGAAAAGUGUUUAUUGGGAUUAUGCAAUGACAAUUCGUUUGGAGGAGAUUGUGUAUCUCCACUGUCAUCAGCAAGUGAACAGUGGUGGGACUGUAGUUUUGGUGAGCCAGGACGGGAUCCAGAGACCUCCUCUACAUUUCCCCAAAGGAGGCCACAUCCUCCAGUUUCUCACUUGCUUGGAGACUGGCCUGCUACCUCAUGGACAGCUGGACCCGCCGCUCUGGAAUCAGAGGGGAAAGGGAAAAGUCUUCCCCAAAUUGCGAAAGAGGAGUCCACACAGCUCAUGUGAUUCUGUGUCCGAUAAAGAAGAUGAUGAAGCCACCGAUUAUGUGUUUCGAAUCCUCUUUCCCGGCAAUCAGAUGGAGUUCAUGGCUCUAGAUCUGAUGGACCAGGGUGUGAACUUGUGGCAACCCACCCCCAGAAAGUCCUUGUGCUCCUCUUGCUCUCAAAAUGGCUCUUCUGAUGGCUCUCUGCCUAAUGGCUGCAAUCAAGAGAGGGCUUCCUUAAAGCUCCUGUGUGACACCAUGAAGUACCAGAUAAUCUCGCGUGCUUUCUAUGGAUGGCUUGCAUACUGCCGUCAUCUGUCAACAGUUCGUACCCACCUCUCUGCUCUGGUGAACACCACUAUAGUUGACCCAGAUGUGCCCUGUGAUGCUCGAACGGGCCUCUCUGUCGAGGUCUGGAGCAGGUUCCUCAAGGGAAGCUCUGCCUAUGAGGAGGAGGAGAUACACAGGCUUGUGUAUUUUGGUGGUGUGGCACCAUCACUACGCAAAGAAGUAUGGCCCUUCCUGUUGGGACACUACCAGUUCACCAUGACUGAGAAAUCCAGGAUGGAGAUCGACGAGCAGAUGCGGAUCACGUAUGAGCAGACUAUGAAGGAGUGGCAGGGUUGUGAGGUCAUUGUCCUUCAGAGGGAGAGAGAGAAACACGCUGAGGCCAUCGCCAGGUGUUCGUCUGGAGCCAGUGUGGAAAGAGGACCCGUGCAGCGAGACUCCACCAUCAGCACAGAUUCGUCUCUAAGCAGCAGCUCAGAACAACAGACUACCCACUCACAGAGUGAUUCCAGCAGCAGCGCACAGGUGUUUGUAUCGGUUGAGACAAUGGAUCAGAUUGAGUCUGAGCCCAGGGCCGAGGAAGGGGAAGUACAGCACAGUAGUCCAGCGAAGGGAGUCACGAAUGGUGCUGCAGACUCUCCACAACCUCUCUCCUGCAACACCACCUCUCCAGUUCUGUCCAAUCCAGGUUUGGAAAACAGGCCUCUUGUAUCAGGGUCAGCUGUUGGAUCUGCAACAUCUCAGCCCACUGCUGAAGUAUCAGAUGUCUUAAUUGAGAAAAUUACAAAGGGAUCACAGCCAGGAGGGAUGGAUGCUUUGGAAUCAAUAGCCAAGGACAAAAUUUCAGAGAUGGAAAAGAUGGAGACAGUUUCACAAAAUGCAGUAGUUGAAGACAAUGGUGACAGUAAGUCAAAAGGGACAUUUGAAGCUGAAGACAAACCUGAAGUAGAAGAAAAAGAUAUAACAACAGAUGAUCAAUUGAAAGAUUCAAAAGCAGUAGACACAAAUAUGAAUAUAAGGUCUGCACCGGAGAACACUAAUGUCCUAAAGUUAGAAACAGAGAUUCAUAAUGAAUAUUUCCAAGCACCUCUACUUGGGCAGACCUUGACACUUCAAGCACACAAGAGCAAAGAUCUGGAAGUGGAGCCAUUGUGUCCACCCACAGCGGAAAAAGAUACAAAUCAUGACAUGGAAAAAAAGCCAGAGCUUACUGAAAGACCUCAAACGCCCCCUCAAAAAAAUCCAUCACAAAUGAUCAAGACCUGUGCCACAGAGUCAGAUAGAAAGGAAGCAGAAGCAGCAGUCUGUGACUUGGCUGAAACCAAAAAGGACAAGGCUGCAGAAAUUCCAUUCGACAAACCCGGUUCAAAUUCACCAGUCAGGCAAGUACUGAAUGCUCUUCAGUCAGCUUCAAGGGGGAGCCUUUCAUUAUCGUCCCACCCCCGGCAGUCUCCGGACACAGCCGAUUCAGACGACUCACCUUCUGCACUGGAAAUGGAGGACAUUCCUGUGGGGACCUGUGUAACGUCUGAGGAUAUUAAGGCCAGGCCCUUUGCAGGCCUUGCUGCGCCACCAAUCUCUCUGGCACAGAGAGAGAGAAUGGCGUCCGAGCGCCUUGUCCUAGAUCACCAUCUGGACACAGCUUGUAACACCAGUCCUGAGGGCACCGACCUGGGCCUUUCUGAGGAGGAGCCUGAGAUGGACAACGUGCUCACUGAACCGGAGUCUGCAGAGGUGGGAGGAGACACCAAACACGAUGAGUCCUCAGAAGAACAAACCUAUUCCCAAGAAACCCUGGACGUGUACUUGAUCAACUUACAUCGCAUUGACAAAGAUGUCAGACGUUGUGACAGAACAUAUUGGUACUUCACUCCUGAGAACCUGGAGAAGCUGCGCAACAUCAUGUGCAGUUACGUGUGGCAGCAUCUGGAUACAGGUUACGUCCAGGGCAUGUGUGAUCUGCUGGCUCCUCUGUUGGUUAUUCUGGACGAUGAGGUCAUGGCCUUCAGCUGCUUCACUGAACUGAUGAAGAGGAUGAACCAGAAUUUUCCUCACGGCGGCGCCAUGGACUCUCACUUUGCCAACAUGCGUUCUCUCAUCCAGAUCCUGGACUCUGAGCUGUUUGAACUGAUGCAGCAGAAUGGGGACUAUACGCACUUCUACUUCUGCUAUCGUUGGUUUCUACUGGACUUCAAAAGAGAAAUGGUGUAUGAUGACGUGUUCUCCGUGUGGGAAACCAUCUGGGCAGCCAAGCACACCUCCUCCGAGCACUUUGGGCUCUUCAUUGCUCUGGCGCUCGUGGAAAUGUAUAGAGACAUCAUCCUGGAGAAUAACAUGGACUUUACAGACAUCAUCAAGUUCUUCAAUGAAAUGGCCGAGCACCACAACGUCUCCCAGGUCCUGUUGAUGGCUCGAGACUUGGUCCAAAAAGUGCAGACUCUCAUAGAAAACAAGUGAUGCCCGGGGCGGUUGUUUAAUUCUUUUUCUUUCUGAAUUGUUUCAAGAAGCUGACACAACCACAUAGCCCUGUCAUCAAAAGGAAAGGAAUCAGUGCGAAUGAUCAGCAAGUGACGAAAAAAGAUAAUUGGUCAUUAAAAAAAAGGACUUUUUUCGAGAUAGUUGUACAACUACCCAUCUGCACUUGCUCCUGUCUAUAAUCAGGACAUGCAAUUGUUGCCUGUACAUUUAUUUUCUGAAGAGUUAUUGUGCACCUAGUGAAUGUAUCCUUGUUGAAACUGCUUCAGGAUGUUAUUUAGUUUGCCUUAAACUUAGCUAUUUUUUCAGGGAUACCGCAACCAAAUUCUUCACUGCAUUGACAUUCGUAAAUUCGUUAUAACUACCACACGUAUACAUUUUUUGAUACCCUUGAAUAUAUUUUCAGUAAUAUUACCUGGCAUUAUUAUAUGGUUUGUUUUUGUAAACAUUAGAUGUACUAGAGAUGAAGCUACUAUAGCUUCUUUCUCUGUCUGCCUUUGAUGCACACAAGAAAGCAAGAUAUACAGACUGAAGCUCUUUGCAGUCCUUCUUCUUUCAUAUACGGUAUCACAAUUUUUUUAAUGUUCCCCAAGUUCUCAUGCCAUGUGCUCCUUCUCCAUUGGUACAUUUGACUAAGGUGCAAUUUGGCUUGAUUAAUUUGGUCUUUCGCUGACUAUCCUAGCUUUUAUUUCUGCGCAGAUAAAUAUUUCUCUGGAAUUGACAUAUUCAAAUGGUUAAUACAGUUGUUCCGUUCGUUUUUCUUUCAUCCUCGACUAACCAAAUUUCACUGAAGAAUUCAGCUGUUGGUUCUUACAACAUAGUAUGAACUGCCAUGCUGGUUAAUUUGGGCUGGUGGAACAAUCAAAGGGGUGUGCAGUGCAGGCAGCGUGCUUCCUCUACACUUCCCAUAAACACUUUCAUAUCUCUUUCUGCCACCAUCUUGCCCUGUAGAUCUAGUUUGCCUUAGUCUUUUAACACGCUCUGGCCAGUUCCUUUUGAAUGCUGAAACUGACAACAUUGUACACAAUAAUUGUUGACAGUAUGGGUGCAUUUCUCUUCACUAUUACCUCAAGAUCUCUUUAUGUUCAUACCUGUUCAAAAUGAGCUCUUUCAUUUGAGGCUGGUUCAACUUUGACCAUUUGUCAUACACCUUCCUCGGUCACAUUUCUUGUCCCGUAAAGGACGUUUUUAAUUUGGAAGAGGAAGUUUGAAGUUGUCCACAGCCUGCUCACCUGGAUCUGGUGCUCUCAAGAGGGUUUGCCUCUUGGCCAGACGGAAAUGGUCACCGUUCCCUACAGGCCCUUUCUUAGCUUGCGUGAACGCAAUAACUCCCCACUCAGGAGUUUCUGCUCAGACUGUCCAUCAAUUGCCGCUGGGUGUGAUCUAGCCGAGGCCCCCAAUAAGUACCUGGCGUGUAACGUGUAAAGGGUCAGUUCAGUGAUAGCUAUUCAGUGGUAUGUAGCCAUGGAUUUAAUCUUUGUUUUAUGUGUGUAAAAUUUCGGAUGUAUAUCUUCUGACCUCAACUUAACACAGUGGAAGCGAAUGGAAUUUCGAAUUCAUUUAUUUCUUACAACAUUUAAUGGCACUGAAUCUGUAUAGUAUUGAGACUGUGUUUUGGGG